UCACGUGACGCCGCCGGUUGCAAUUUUAGACCGUCAGCUGACUCGAAAAAUCCCUGGAGAGGGGCCGCCGCUCCUACAAAAACAGGGAAGGCGGCCGGGCGUGGCGUUGCGGCCUCCCAUCGGCGGGACCCUCCGGCCUCCGUCACCCGCCAGCCACCACCGCCAUCGCCGCCAUGGGCCCCCACGGCCUCCUCCUGCUGCUCGCUCUGGCGGGGCCCUGCACAGCCCUCAUCAGGAUCCCCCUGACCAAGUUCCCCUCCAUGCGACGGGUCCUGAAUGAGGUGGGCAGCGAGAUCCCGGACAUGAACGCCCUCACCCAGCUCCUCAAGUUCAAGCUGGGCUUUGCCGACCUGGCUGAGCCCACCCCAGAGAUCCUGAAGAACUACAUGGAUGCCCAGUAUUACGGCGAGAUUGGCAUUGGGACCCCACCCCAGAAGUUUACGGUGGUCUUCGACACUGGGUCCUCCAACCUCUGGGUGCCAUCUGUGCACUGUCACCUGCUGGACAUCGCCUGCCUGCUGCACCACAAGUAUGAUGCCUCUAAAUCCAGCACCUAUGUGGAGAACGGCACCGAGUUUGCCAUCCACUACGGGACAGGGAGCCUAUCCGGGUACCUCAGCCAGGACACUGUCACGCUCGGUAAUUUGAAAAUAAAGAACCAGAUCUUCGGGGAGGCUGUGAAGCAGCCAGGUAUCACGUUCAUUGCUGCCAAAUUCGAUGGCAUCCUGGGCAUGGCAUUCCCGAGGAUCUCUGUGGACAAGGUCACACCUUUCUUCGAUAACAUCAUGCAACAGAAGCUGAUUGAGAAAAACAUCUUCUCCUUCUACCUGAACAGAGAUCCCACUGCUCAGCCUGGUGGUGAGCUGCUCCUGGGAGGGACCGACCCCAAGUAUUACAGCGGUGACUUCAGCUGGGUCAAUGUCACACGCAAGGCCUACUGGCAGGUCCACAUGGAUGCGGUGGACGUUGCCAAUGGGCUGACUCUGUGCAAAGGGGGCUGCGAGGCCAUUGUGGACACAGGAACCUCGCUCAUCACUGGCCCCACCAAGGAAGUGAAGGAGCUGCAGACAGCCAUUGGUGCAAAACCACUUAUCAAAGGCCAGUACGUCAUCCCCUGCGAUAAGGUGUCAUCUCUUCCUGUCGUCACACUAACACUAGGAGGGAAGCCCUACCAGCUCACCGGAGAGCAGUAUGUCUUCAAGGUUUCUGUACAAGGAGAGACCAUCUGCCUGAGUGGCUUUUCAGGACUGGACGUCCCACCCCCUGGGGGCCCACUCUGGAUCCUGGGAGAUGUCUUCAUUGGUCCCUACUACACUGUCUUUGACCGUGAUAAUGACUCUGUUGGCUUUGCCAAAUGUGUCUAAGCGCCUGAUCCCCACUGCCCCUGCCACACACACACAUACACACAUGCACAGGAGCCGUAGAGAAAGAUUACCAGGAUUAGAAACACAGUGAGUGGAAAGGAAAAAAUAAAAAAAGAAAAAGAAAUUGAACUAGAUGCAAAAUUACAUGGAAAAUAGUCAUUAGUGCCCUGCUAGCUACUUUUUACCCUCCAGUGAGUAAGUGGUGCUGGGAGGUCUCUAGUUAACAACUCCAGCUGGAGUAGCCACUUGCUUUAUUGGUAGGUCUUCCAGUAUUUGUUUUUAAGAAUGAUUCCCAGAGCUGAACAAGGACCUCUUAUGUCUCCCAGCCCUGGUCUCCUUCCCGGGAAGGGCAGCUGGCUGGAGUCAACCCCCGGCACCUCUGUUCCUGCAGAUAGCCUGUGGGGCUGCUCUUGGGUUUGGGCUUCUGCGCUGGAGGAGAGGGAUGGGGAAGGCUCUCUGGCACAUUAUUUAGUUCUUGCUUUUUCACUGAUGAAGUGGGUAAGUGGCUGGGGGAGGAGAAACUUUCUUCAUCACCCCUCCAUGACUGGUUGAAGCAGCAACCACUAGGUCAUUUCACAAUGGGUUUGUGCUGGCUUGGUCCUGGGAGAGUGUGUCCUGGGCUGGAGUGAUGGAGAUCAUGGUAACGUGCCCACAGGUUGAGUUUCAGAGCCUUAGGGCUUUGGUGGUGUGUUUUUGUGUUGUGAUGGCACUAGUGAGAGAGCUGGAGGCAUGAUGUCUGCGUGCCUGACCUAACAAGACAGGGAUUCAUAGGGGGUCUCCAGCCCGUGGGACUAUUCAGGGAGCAAGAAUAUAAAGGGGUCAAGAUAGGAUUUAAUAGAGGUCACUUGAAUUCACGGCCAUGAGGGCCCAGCUUUCUGCUGAGAAAAGUCACUUGACACAGGUUCUCUUGAGUUUGGUGAACUUCUCCCAGGUUCCCCAAACUGCAGAUCUUCCCAGCUUCAUCCGCAGCCAGUGAGUUGAGAAUAAUGUUUCCUAAAGCAACUGUGAUCUACAAUCCGAAAUCACACUGAUAAAAUCUGUAGGUAUUUGUCAGCCACAUAAGACCUUUUGGAAACAUUAUUCACAGUAUUUUGAACUGCCCAAACCUCAAGACACAGUUGGCAAAGCCAGGAAGCCUCCCAGGCGGGAGGGUGCCGUGGCAGCUGCUGGACGUGGUGUCCAGCUGUGUUCGCUUUCCCUGCGCACACAACUGCUUUUAACACCCUCCUUACCUGCUUUCUACCUUACUAAUGCUGGCGAGAGCUCUGUUCAUGUCCACCCUGUGUUGCAGACGGAGUGAGGCACAAUCCUGCUUCGGAGAGGUUGUAGCUGAUUUAGCUGUGCUCACAGAUCCUCCCAGAGAGCCAAGAUCUGCGUGUAUGGAGCCACUUGCUUUACCAGGCUGGUGUCAAUAGGCAAACACUGGUGGAGCUGGGAGGACAAUAAAGUGAGUUUUAAGCAGUACUGGAAAACAGAAGAAAGUCUGCCAAGAAUCUCAGCUGGUGCUGGGAGUAAAAGACUCACUUCACUUUCCCAGUGUGCUGGAUCAGGUCCUGAAGUAAGGGAGUGGCAGCAGGUAAGAGGCAAAGCUGAGGGUGGCAAGAGGACCAGAUCAGCACCAUCCAUGACCCCAGACCAGGCAAAACAGAUGAUAAAAUCCAGGCUCACUAAAAUUCACUAUAAUCCUGCCAGCAGUACCAGUAGGGCCAAGGAAGCUCCCAAGAAAGGCCUUUGGGCAGUGGGUGAAUAGAUGGUUAUGCCUGGUGAAAUGCAUAUACAUCAUCCGCAAUACUGAAUUUACCACAAGCAUCAGAGGCACAGGAGGGGAAGAGGUCCCACGGUGAGGAUUAUGGGAGGACAAUGAGCAUGUAGCCUGCAGAUGUCCCCUGUCCCCACCCACUGCAACUGAUUAGUUUGGCUUUGUAACUAUGCCUCACGCCUUGGAGGGGUCUGGUGUGGGCAAUGGGGACAGGGCUGGGCACAUUUCUGAUGCGUGCAUUGUCCCCUGCAACCCCGGAUGCAACAAGUGCUGCUCCCAAAGCUUGCUUCGGCCUGCUUAUAGUCUUCACCUGCAACCCCACAUCUGGAAGCCUAAGGACAUGUGUUGCAGAGUGGCUAGAGAACAGUAGUGUGUUACUGAAAAAAAAAUCAAUAAGUACUCCAAAAUCAUCAGAUAUUCAGCACCUCUCCGGAGAGCCACGGUUUCACACCGAUUAAGUGCCCAGAGCUCCUCCAAGUCCUGAUAUGUCAUCUACCAGCUGCAGGAUUUCACCAGCGUGGUGAGACAGAGACAGCCUCUUGGGUAUCUGCUAAUCAGACCUGAGGAGGGAAACCCAACAUGGAACUGGCAGCAGGUUUUGACCCUCUUCAGCAUCAGAUUUAAGUGCAGCACAGCCCCAGGACAAGCGAUCAGGCUGCAGUUCUGCUGGGCAUGCAAUGCCUUAUGCUGUCUGCAUCAUAGCCUCCGCAGUAAUUCAAGGCUGGGCUGGUAUCUGUCCUCAGGCAGGCAGGGGACUGCUGCCUGGGGAAAGAGCAUGGCCCAGAACAAUGCCCUGAGUGACAUACCUUGGGGUAGGCUGGAGGAGCAGUUCAUCGUAGUCUUCCCUGAAUGGGUCUUCUCCCCUUGUUCUUUUAUUUGCAUUUUUAAAGCAAACUUUAACCGUGUGAGUGUUUUGUUUUGUUGUUGUUGUUUUUUUUUUUUAAUCUAAUUUGCUGUCCAGUUUACUGUCUCAUCAUAGAAAAUUGAAAAGAAAAUACAGUAUUUCCCCCCCUCAA